CAAAAUAUAAUUUUCAUUGAGUACGCUCUCGUUCGAUAAUAUGCGUUCUAAUCAAGGUUCAUCGUAUAUGAGGAUGGUAACGGUGGUCGUGCUUGUGCUGUUUAUAGUUAACCAGUGUUCUGAAGGGGCUUCUUCAAGCUCAACUUCUCAACCAGAAAUGGAAAAAAAGCUAUCAGAUGUAGAGACGGUAUCCAUCUUUAUUGGUGUUGGACUAACUGCACUUUAUGUGCUAACGAUUACUUAUCUUCUCUACCGGGCUGAUAAAAGACAAAAAGAGGGCUUGAGUGAUGAAUUACCUUGUCAAAGUAGAGAACAGGAGAACUUGGCAGCAGACGUCCAAGACGAUGACGCUAACAAUGCCACUUCUUCUAGCUCACUGUCCUCGAUCACACUUUCAACGGGUGUAUUAUAUUCUUCUCCUCAAGCAAUUUCCGGCUCAAAUUGAUAAAGAACAGUCAUACUUCCAUAGCGAAAUUUGGAUGAUUCAGCUCCAGCUAUCCAACACGUUCCACUAUCUGACGUCAUCACAGCCCAGGCAUCCCAAGCCAUCAAAUCCGGGAUAUUCCACAGGGAGCCCAGCUUAAGUUAUUUCGCAACUUUGACGGACGAUAUCACCCCAAAAAACGCAUUUCAUGGAAUUUUCAUUUCGAUUUUCAAAAUCAACAAGGUUUGAUGUACAAUUUAAGCUAUGAUGUGUCUGGCACCUCAGAGUCCCUUUAAGUGUC